AUGGGGUUUUUGACCCUUCUCUUAGUUUCAUGGAAGACUUUUCACUGUAUCAGAAGCCGGUUUACAGUACAGAGAAAGAAACGCCUUGCUCCCCGCCUCGCAGGAUACAUUAAGGAAAAACAUCAACUUUUGGAAAAAGUCGGCCAGAUUCAAAAGGAGAAUGAAGCCUUGGAGGCAGCUCUCAGGGAGGCUCGCGUCCUUGAGAAAGAGGGGGCCAGGCAAGCCCAGGGUUGGGAGGCAUCCUACAAGGACACGGCCAGGUUUCGAGGGCGGAUAACCUCCAUCCUCACAGAGCUGAAAGAAGAGCAAUCCCAACGUUUUAAAAAACAGCAACUGAGGAUGAAAGAGAUGUCUGGCAGGAUCCGGUCCCUAACACAGGAAUCAAAACUUCUCACGUCUGAAAUAGCUGAAGCCAAGGUCGCCCUUUUGAACUUCAGCAAAGAGCAGCUCCAGAGAGAAGUGAAAGAUGCUGUGAGCAAGAAGGCCCAACUCCAGGAAAGCGAGGCACAGAUUCUCCAGGAUGCUCAAGGGUGGAAGGAACAAGUGGGUACACUCACCUUCCAGAAAACAGCGCUGCAGGAUGCCCAGGCUGGAGCAGAACAACUGCUUCAGGGGAAAGGACAGCACAGGGAGGCUCUGUUUGGGUACCUGCUCCUCCCCACGAAAGGUGGGACUUCUGGGCCCCCAGGGGACCACACACCUCCUGAGGACUCCCAGCAGGAAGUGAGGAGGCAGCCCCAAAGUGGUCCCAGCUUUGCUGAUGGGCCAGAAGGACCUUUGGAGAGGCUGGUCUUCGGCGCUCAGAUCAACGCGUCCUUCCAGACCCUGGAAGAGCAAAGAAGCCGACUUCACACUCAGCGAGCGUCUCUGCAGUCGGAGAACACAGAGCUGCGAAGAGAGCGCCAGAAGCUUCAGCUGAAGUUCACAGUGAAGGCCAAAGUUCACCACCAAACAGUCCUGAGCUCCUACAGGAAACUGAACCUGGCGGCAAAGGCCCGGGAGCAACAGGAGCAAAAACUGGAGGAGGUGGGCCGCGUCGCCGAAGAGCUGGAGACCUACAGAAAGCGAGCCCAAGACAUGGAAGAGGAAUGGGAGAGGACUGUUUGUUUCUACCAGAGGCAGGUGACCUCCAUGCAGAGAGAAGCCCGUGAGAACUGGAACAAAGCUGUCAUCGCUGAAAGACAACUUCAGGAUUUAAGAAGAGAAAAUGCCCGCAUCAGACAAAUCCUGCAUGCAGCAGAGCUGAAAGCUUCACUAGUAGGCAAACAUCCUGCCACUCUCAGUGUCACAAAGAGCACCUCUGGCCCAGAGUGCUCCUCACGAGGUCCAUCCCCUGGGCAUCGGCCUAGGCCUACAUCUUCAAGAUCUGUGUGCCCUCUCCCAACACUCUGGGAGGAGCCACUGGGGAGCCAAGUGUCCUCUCCAGCAGGCCCAGCAAGCUCUCAAUUGGACCUCACCCAGCUCAACCUGCUCCAAGCCCAACCCAGGGACAGGGUUUGA